CCGCGCCUGCAAUCGCCACGUCGGGUUUUUGAUAUAAAGACAACACCAGCCGGGACGCCGCGCCCCUCCACGGAGAUCGCAACGCCCCUCCCAGUCACAGCCCUCGGUCGAUCCAGCCAACCCUCUCUGACGAGCUCUAUCAAAGCUUUACCGGAUCAGAUCCUCCAUCAGCCGGUGCUGGAGACCUCGAGGCUAGUUGCGGUGUCUGCUUUUGGAAAGAAGAUGGAGACAGAUGCUGCAGUUACGAUGGAUUGGAAGGACCUUCCUGCGGAGCUGCUGCGGAGAAUCCUUUCGCUUGUAGACAGCAAUGGCGCCAUGCAGAUUGAGGUGGUAGCCUCAUGUGUUUGUACUGGUUGGAGAGAUGCCAUCGGACUUACGAGUCUCUCAUUAUCAUGGUGCAACAAAGACAUGAACAUUCUUGUGCAGGCACUUGUGCCCAAGUUCCCACAGCUUCAAGUUUUGACUCUUAGACAAAAUUAUGUUCCACAACUUGAGGACAAUGCUGUUGAGAUAGUUGCUAAAUACUGUCAUGAAUUGCAGGAACUAGACCUUAGCAAAAGCCUAAGGCUGACUGACAGCUCUUUGUAUGCACUAGGCAACGGCUGUCCUUACCUAACAAAACUAAAUAUUAGUGGAUGUUCUGCUUUCGGCCACUCUGCCCUUGCAUAUCUUGCUAGUUGCUGUGUAAAACUGAAAAAGAUGAAUCUCUGUGGAUGUGUUAGAGCUGCAACCGACACAGCUUUGCAGUCCAUAUCGCAUCAUUGCAGCCAAUUACAGUCUUUGAAUUUGGGUUGGUGUGAAAGUGUCACUGAUAAAGGAGUAACCAGUUUAGCAUCUGGAUGCCCUGAUCUAAGGGAUUUGGACUUGUGUGGCUGUGUGCUCAUUACAGAUGAGAGCGUGAUUGCACUAGCGAAUUGUUGCCUGCACCUGAGAUCUCUGGACUUGUAUUACUGCCAGAACAUCACCGACAAAGCUAUGUAUUCUCUGGCAAAUAACAGCAGCAAGAGCCGACUUGGGUAUUGGCAAAGCAGCAGCAGCAGCAGCAAUGAAGAAGGGUUGAUGAACCUCAACAUCAGUCAGUGCACAGCCUUAACAGCUUCUGCAGUUCAAGCUGUGUGUGACUCAUUCCCAUCAUUGCAUACCUGCCUUGAGAGGAAUUCGCUCAUCAUCAGUGGCUGUCUCGGCCUCACUUCUGUGCAUUGUGCCUGUGCUGUUCGUGCUCACCAUGCCGAGGCAACUGUGUUAGCUGAUCACCAUGCUCCUUACUGAACAGGUUGGAAUGUAAUUAGCUAGCCUGGGUAACUUGUUUGUUUCUUGCACUGGGGGUGUAUGUUGGUACUUAGGAAUCUAUGUAUGUUUGAUGCUAUGUAGCUGUGUUAUCUGUUGCAACCAAAUGCACUUGAUAUCUAAAAUAAUUUCCAACCCAA